AUGAAUCAAACUCAACCGAAAUUAGGAAAUGGAUCUUACAUUCCACCAAAUAAGCGGAAUAAUUCAGAAGGAUCAGAAGUGAGUCCACAAAAGAAAACGGCUGUUGAAAUAACGAGUGGAGUUGGAAGAAUUGAUAUUGGUGGAAGAAAAAAUGUGGAACCAGUUGUUGAUAUGAAGAAAAUCAAAGAAAACAAACAAAAAUCACCAUUUGUCAAACUUCAACCUCGUGUGCUCACAGAGUGAGUUUCUCUGUAAUUUUUUUGGGUUUGAAAUUGAUUUUUAUUGCAGACCGAAAGGACUCCCCAAUGAGAACGAAGAAAAGCCAACAGUUAGUCAAGAGAUUCGAAGACAAAUCCCAGAAAACUCUAGAAAUUCUAGAAAUAUUAGAGAUAAUUAUUCCAACUCAGCUAGUUCUAUGAAAAAUACGAAAACUGGUGAAUUUUCUUUGAAAGAUGUAAGUUCUCCCAUAAAUUGACCCGGUUUAUUCAAAAUAAGUUUUGCAGUUCUCUGAAAUAUCACAUCCAUAUAUCGAUUCACAUUGUCACGUUGAUAUGAUCUACAAUAGGCUCAAAUGCAGUUUUGAUGAUGGAUUAUCAAAAUGGAUGUCGAAUUAUCAACAAUCCUUCAAUCAAUAUUUCAUUGGGUGCAUUCCAAACUUCAUUGAGCCUCAUCUUUUUGUUAAUACUAAAUUGACAAAAGAUGAUUAUGAUAUGUCAUGGAUUAUCAAAGAAUUGGAAUCGAAUCCAUUAUAUUUGGGCGCAACUUAUGGAUGUCAUCCGCAUCAAGUCAAAAGGUAAGGUUUUUUUGAAAUAACAAUUUUUGAAAUGUUCAUUUUUUAGUUGGGCUGAUCAGGAGGUAUUCUGGGACACUUUGGAGAUUCUAUUACCUCAUAAAAGGUCGAAAUGUAUUGCUGUUGGUGAAUGUGGAAUCGAUCUUAACAAGUAAGUUUUAGUUAUGAGGAAGAGAUCAAAUUUUGAUAAUUUUGCAGAUGUGAUUCACCACUGGAUCAACAAAGAUAUGCAUUUCGUCGACAAAUUCAACUAGCCUUCAAGUACGAUAAGGCUUUGGUGAUUCAUUGUAGAUCGGGUCCAAACAGAGAUGCCGAAUCGGAAUGUCUUCAGAUUUUGGAAGAGGAAUUGAAUCGACCGGGACAACACCGAUAUUUGCGAAUUCAUCGACAUUGUUAUACGGAAAAUUGGGAGAAUGCCAAAAAAUGGAUUGAAACUUGCCCCAAUAUUGUAUUUGGUUACACACCAGCAGUCUUCAAUUUCACCGGAAGACAACUCGACGCAAUUCGAAAUAUUCCAAUGGAUCGAAUUAUUUUGGAAACCGAUGCACCGUAUUUCGUACCAUCGAUGUGCAAAGACGUUUUGCCACGCAUCAAUUUACCAGGAACCGGUGAGCACUACAUUUGAGUUCUUUUUUUCAUCAAAAUCUAAUAUGUAUUUCAGCUGCAACUGUUGCACUUCAAAUCGCCAAAUACAAAAACAUUCCAGUCGACGAAGUCAUGCGACACGCCCUUUUGAAUACCAGAAGGAUAUAUUCUUUAUAA